UUGUAGGAGCAUGCGCCUGCCUGUAUAUAAGCAGACUAUGAUAUUAGGCUUCACUUCAACCAAAAACACUAAAUUUCCAAACCAGAUGAUGAUGGAGUUACUGAUGGCUUGUGUUCCUUUUCUACUAAGCUUAGCCCUUAUUCAAGCUGUAAAGUUGAUAUCAAAGGGAAGCAAAACAGCUAGUUCCGGCAAGCUUCCACCAGGCCCAACACCUUUACCCAUUUUAGGCAAUCUUCUAAAACUUGGCGAUAAACCUCACAAAUCCUUGGCUAAGCUUGCUAAAAUCCAUGGUCCGUUAAUGAGUCUAAAACUAGGUCAAAUUACGACAGUGGUAAUAUCUUCUUCAUCUUUAGCCAAACAAGUUCUCCAAACAUUCGAUCUCAGUUUCUGUAACAGACCUGUAAUUGAAGCAAUCCGAGCCCGUGGACACCACGAAGUAUCGGUAGCUUGGGGACCCGUAGGAGUUCCAUGGAGAAAUCUUAGAAGAAUUUGCAAUUCUAACAUUUUUGCAAAUCAGAAGCUUGAUUCUGAUCAAGAUUUACGGCGAAAGAAAAUCCAAGAACUUGUUAACCAAGUUGACGAAAGUUGCCGCCUUGGUGCUGCUGUGGAUAUUGGGCAAGUGGCUUUCAAAGCUAUGCUUAAUGUUUUGUCUACCACUAUAUUUUCUUUAGAUUUGAGCGAUUCGGAUUCCGAUAUUGUAAAGGAGUUUAAAGAAGUUGUGAGGUGCAUUAUGGAUGAGGUUGGUAAACCAAACUUGGCUGAUUAUUUCCCUUUGCUUAGAAAGAUUGAUCCACAAGGUAUAAAGGGUCGCUUGGAGAUUCAUUUUGGGCUAUUGUUUGAUCUUUUUGAUCGUAUAAUCGAUGAAAGGUUGUUGUUAAGAAAACAGCAGAGCUAUAUUCCUUCAAACGACCUGCUUGAUACUCUUCUUUCCCUCAAUGAAGACAACAGUGAGGAUUUGGAUAUGAAUUGCAUCAAACAUUUGUUUUUGGAUUUAUUUGCUGCUGGAACUGAUACAACUUCAAGCACGUUAGAAUGGGCGAUGACAGAACUACUUCGCAACCCGAAGAUUUUAUCAAAAGCUAAAGCAGAGAUUGAGCAAACCAUUGGCAAAGGAAAAUUGAUACAAGAUUCAGAUGUUGAUAGGCUGCCUUAUUUACAAGCAAUCAUUAAAGAAACCUUCAGAUUGCACCCAGCAGUUCCAUUACUACUUCCUCGCAGAGCAGGAGUAGAUGUAGAAAUGUGUGGCUUUACGGUUCCUAAAGAUGCUCAAGUGAUGGUCAAUGUAUGGGCAAUUGGCAGAGACCCUAGUUUAUGGGAGGAUCCAGAUUUAUUUAUGCCAGAGAGAUUCUUGGGUUCGGAUAUUGAUGCUCGAGGAAGAAAUUUUGAGCUUAUUCCAUUUGGUGCUGGACGAAGAAUUUGCCCUGGAUUGCCAUUGGCGACAAGAAUGUUGCCCUUGAUGUUGGGAUCGCUUAUUAAUUCUUUUGGUUGGAAACUUGAAGAUGGGAUUAUAGCUCAAACUAUGGAUAUGGAAGAUAGAUUUGGUGUUACUUUGCAGAAGGCUCAACCCCUGCGAGCUAUACCUUUGCCAUUGCAACGGUAAUGCAAAAAAUAAAAUGUCAUUAUCGAAGUUUCAUAUAAUCGAAUCAUACAUCAUGUGUCUGAAAACUUAUCCAUAAUAAGCUACGCUAGCUACUAGAUGGCAAGUAUAAUGGUCAAAACAACUACUGUUGUAGUGCGUUUCCCUAAAAUAGUAAAUUACAAGAAUGUCCCCAAAAAAUAUUUAUGGAUUGUAGUUUGUUGACAUUUCAAAGGCAAGUGUUACCAUAUGAAUGUAACAAAUAUAUUGUUAUACUGCGACGGCAAUAAAAAUAAUAAAUGUAAUUUUUUAAUGCUUGCCAACAAUUUUACUAGAC